CCUUAAGGGCGGCGGCUGCUCCCGGUGUCCCAGUCGGCCUGUCAGCCGGCUUGGAGGCGCGGCCCGUGGCUCGCGCAGUGACGGCGGUCAUGGCGGCGGAGGAGGAGGAGGUGGGCUCGGCGGACACCUGCGAGAGGUCGGGAUGGCUAACUGGUUGGCUUCCCACUUGGUGCCCUACAUCUACAUCACACCUUAAAGAAGCCGAAGAGAAAAUUUUAAAAUGUGUCCCCUGCACAUACAAAAAAGAACCUGUUUGUAUAUCUAAUGGAAAUAAAAUAUGGACACUGAAGUUCUCUCAUAAUAUUUCAAAUAAGACUCCACUUGUCCUCCUCCAUGGUUUUGGAGGCGGUCUUGGACUCUGGGCACUGAAUUUUGGAGAUCUUUGCACCGAUAGACCCGUCUAUGCUUUUGACCUGCUGGGCUUUGGACGAAGUAGUAGGCCCAGGUUUGACAGUGAUGCGGAAGAAGUGGAGAAUCAGUUUGUAGAAUCCAUUGAAGAGUGGAGAUGUGCCCUAGGAUUGGACAAAGUGAUCUUGCUUGGACACAACUUGGGUGGGUUCUUGGCUGCUGCUUACUCACUGAAGUACCCAUCAAGGGUUAAUCAUCUUAUUUUAGUGGAGCCUUGGGGUUUUCCUGAGCGACCGGACCUUGCUGAUCAAGACAGACCAAUCCCAGUGUGGAUCAGAGCCUUGGGAGCAGCAUUGACUCCCUUUAAUCCUUUAGCUGGCCUCAGGAUUGCAGGACCCUUUGGCUUAAGUCUAGUGCAGCGUUUAAGGCCUGAUUUCAAACGAAAGUAUUCGUCAAUGUUUGAAGAUGACACCGUGACAGAGUACAUCUACCACUGUAAUGUGCAGACUCCAAGUGGCGAGACAGCAUUCAAAAAUAUGACUAUUCCUUAUGGAUGGGCAAAAAGGCCAAUGCUCCAGCGAAUUGGUAAAAUGCACCCUGACAUUCCAGUUUCGGUGAUCUAUGGCGCCCGAUCCUGCAUAGAUGGCAAUUCUGGCAACAGCAUCCAGUCUUUACGACCACAUUCAUAUGUGAAAACAAUAGCCAUUCUUGGGGCAGGGCAUUAUGUGUAUGCAGAUCAACCAGAAGACUUCAACCAGAAAGUGAAGGAGAUCUGUGACACUGUGGACUGAACACGCUGAAGAGGAUAUGGGAGAGCCUGUUGACUGAUAGAGUUCCUCAGCAAUACUGCGCAGUCUCCCGUGCAGAGUAAGGAAUACAACAAAAGAACCAGCAGUCUUCCUGACUGUACUUCGCACAUAUUUUCUUUAUGAAGUUGCUUGCACAUUUAAACCAGCUAGUGCCUUCUAGAAGAAUGGCUUUCCUUUCUCCUACACAAAAUCGAAAUAUUCAAGAGUCUCCAAAUCUAAUAGCUUUAAUAAAAGGUUAUUUGCCCCUCUGCUGUACUGAAAAAUUGUAAUUUUUCAACUGAAAUUUUUUUCAUUUCUAUCUAACUUUGCUAUGUCAGGUACUUUUUAUAUUUCAGUCUAUAUUGCCAAUUUUAAAAGAUUACUGGGUCUAUAAUUUUAUAUACUGUAAUGGUGCACUUUAUUUUCUUUGCCUGUAUUUACCAUGUCUAAUAACUGAUAUAGUUAAUCACAGUUUUGUGUGUUUUUAUGUAAAAAGUUAUCACUUGUUUAGAAUCUUUCACUUCAUUUUUGAAAUGGAGUGAUGAGAUAGCAUUUUGGCUAAAAAGAUGGGAGUUGAUCACUAGCAUUAAUUUUUCUGAUUUUCCUCUGUUCUCUAAGCCAUGUUCAACAUUUUAAAUGUGGUCUAUCCUGAUGUAUCUGCAACCACAUAAUUCCUUGAGAUCUUUUGUAUGUGAUAUAAUUCUGUACUUCCAGGGAAACAUGACAUUAGUAUUGAAGUGAUUUAAGUACUGAAAAGCCUUAACUAAAAAGUCUGUCCUUUCUCUGCCCCUCCCCCCAAUUAAUACUAUUCUUUUCCAUGAGCCAGGUUGCAGCAUAAGGAACAGAUGUCCUUCUGAGGGGAUAUUAAGACUGCUACCUUCCAGUAAGCCGAUCAUAUAUUGUCAUUAACCUCUAACUCCUGUAGAUGGGUGCUAAAACUGGAUUCCUUUUUUAACCACUAAAACAGAAAAAUAGGUGGUACUGUUGCAUCUCAUGGCACCAGAAAUGGGAUAGCACUUGAUUGCUGGGUUUUUGUUUUCAAGGUUUGUGUUGAUUAAAUAAUACACAUACUUGAAGUUAUAUUAUAAAAGCUAUAUAAGGUUGAUUAAACUAUUUGACAGUAACUACCAUCAAGUGUAACACUUUCUUGGUGUUUUAAAAUGAAGAAAACUUCUUUGAAACUGUGAAAAUUGCCAUGUGAUAACUGGCUGCUGAGAAGACCCUCCAAAAAAGAAAAUUGAAUAAGAUAGUCAUCAACAAGGCAUCUUUGCCUUGUUUUGUUAACAUUGCUUGUCUAGGAAAAAGGUGGUUGUGUAAAUAAAAACAGAACUGUUUGUAUGCAAAUAAAGGUUUAAUGGUUUUGACUGUUGCGUUUUUAAAAUGGUUAAUUAGGAAAUCUGUAGUUAGGAAAUGUAAGGUUGUAUCACUGUGGAUUAACGGCCAGAAACAUCGAACAUUCUAUUUUCAACAUUGUCUUCCCUACAAAGGAAUAGGCAAAUUAUACUGAAGCACAACAGAUAGUUUCCCAGCAGUUUGUCUCACUUGGCACCUUAACUAUGUUACUGCAAAAGGUAACAUGAGAGCCAAGACAGUUCAGAUCUUUCUACCUAACAAACAAAAGUAGCCUGUACUUUUUAUUUAGUAUCUUAGAGGGCUAGCUCCAAACCUUUAAGUGGUACAAAUAAUUUGGGUAAUAUUUUUGUAUUUUUGACACACUCCCAGUCUCUCUUAAUUGGGUAAAUGACAGUUUUCAUUUGUACAGGAAGGUUUCCGCGAAGGAAAUUUGGUCUCAGCCCUUGGAGGGAAGUUACUAGUUCACUUAGUAAAUGGAGUUUCUGACCACAGAUGUGCCAAGUGAUUCAGGAGAAAGUUGUACCCAAAUGUCAAGUGGAACUUACUUUCCUACCAACUGAUUUUGCUUUAUUUGAAAAAUAUUGUCGUAAUUCAUUUUAAAAGUUAAAUUUUCCCUUGGGUUAUAGAAUAUGUAAUUUUGUGAAUAUUGAGCUAGCAGAGAAGGUCACAAUCCGCAAAUUCCUAAAAAUACAGUGGGUGCUAAAUGUUUUCUUAAAAAAAUUCUAUUACAGUAUUUGAUCUUUGCUAAAUUAUACACAUGUACUUCAACUUUAUUUUACAGAAUAAAUUUUACUGUGAUAGUUGCAACAAA